AUGGGACAAGUAAACAUACGAGCUACCCCCAGCGCCACCAGCCCCGGGCACUUCAACGUCGUCGUCAAGCUUGGCGAACGCCUCUCCUGUGAUGGCGGGUGCGAAGUCCACAUAUGUGUAACCGACCUAAACAAAGAUGUCGUCGAGAACUCCCCGGCGUUGAGCAAAAGGGCAAACUUACGGAACGUAUGUGUCUUCGGGGGCAUCUUCAUCCACCCGCCUGGAGAAUACAUGUUCCGCGUGACUGUGACAAAGCCGGACGAAGAGCAAUUCGUGGUGUACAGCAAGGCGAUCAGGGUGUAUACAGCUUCAUUGCCUCAACUCGACUAG